AACGUCAUGGCGACGUUAUGCCUUCCAUUUGAACUCUUAUUUAACACUGCACACUACGGCCCUCUCUCUAGACCAUGCUUCUACAACGCUUACCUCUUCAAACCGCUUUCAGAGGCUUUUUGAAACCUACUCCCCACUCUCUUCAUCAUCACUUAUUAUACACAACUAAAAUGAGCUCUGCUAUGAAAAUCUCAGACUCUAUGUUGGACGGUUUGAUCAACCAAGCCAACGAAGAACUCAACGCAUCCAACCUUUAUCUCUCCAUGUCCCUUUGGUUCCAUGAUUUGGAGUUGCCAGGCAGCGCACAAUGGUGCCGAACCCAUAGUGACGAGGAACGUACCCACGCCCUCAAGAUUUUUGACCAUAUUGUCAAACGUCGAGCUAAGGGGGGUAUGGUCCGCAGCUUGGAGGAACAAAAGUUCAGCUUUGAAACCCCUGUUCAGGCAUGGGAAUUUGCGUUGAACGCUGAACGUGAAAACUCAAAGCGCUUUCACCGAUUAAUGGCUCAAGCUCGUAAUGAAAGUGACUUCACCACGGAUACCUUCUUGCAGUGGUUUAUCAACGAGCAAUUAGAGGAAGAAAGUGCUGUAGAAGACAUUUUCACGAAUGCUAAAGGAGUUGAGCAAACAAAGGGUCUGUACAGAGAGUACGACAAGAACAUUGUCAACAAGGAACAUUAAAUGGCUUGGAGGCCAUCUCAUGGAUUCUUUAUCACGAGCCUUCCUUCAUCCCUACGCUGCUCCUAACAAAUAAUAAUAAAAAAAAACUUUGUACAUAAUAAUG